AUGACAUCCCUGUCCCGGAAACGAGCCCUUCAGGAUCUCACACAUCAGAAGGAAAAGAACAACUCAUCCAACUUUCCUUCCCUCUUCGACAUCGCCAUCCAGACCUGCAUCUCUCACCUCGAGAUCUAUGGGACCUUUGACGGUCUCCCCUUCCACCCCUUCGGUCAACCACUCUUUGAAGAGUUUGUCAAGCGAGCCAGUCAAUGGCGACUCACUACCGAACAACGCCAAGCAGGGAUUAUUCUCUUCUCCGAGUCCUACGGUGAAGAUUUUUUGGGCUCCGAGUACACAGGAAUCCGAUGUUCGCUUCAGGAUGACAUACCGCACCUGGGAGCCUUUGCAGAGUGUCUGGUCUAUUUGGAUCUGUCGGGCGGCUGUGUAGCGGGGAAUUCGCCUGGUUUGGAGGACAAGGAUAUGGCGUUUCUGUCGGGACUCUCUCGCCUCAAGGUCCUAAAUCUUGCUGGACUAAAAAUCGGCGAUACGGGAUUGAGCCAUCUGGUCCGCAGUGUUACUUUUGGAUCUUCGGGACCGACGUUGCUGGAGUACCUAAACCUGGCAGGAACGGAUGUAUCUCACAGGGGGAUCGCUCGGCUGUGGUCUCUUCAACAGCAGCAACAGCACCGCCCUCAAAAGCAGUUAGUGUUUCAGCGUCUUUUGGGCAUCGACUUGUCCGGAACGGCGGUUCUUCCGAGUUUGGCGGAGACGCUAUUUCAGGAACAGACCUUGGCACCAGAGGAAGGGGGUUGGACAAAACUUGAGCGCAACGUCGAACUUUUCCCAAGUCAGACACUACAGGAGCAGCAAUCGGCAACCUAUGUCGACCACCCCAACAGCUACUUUGAACAAGAGAACGGGAUGAACCCUACGCAGAAAUGGGUGGAUCGAUUGAACCGGACCUACAAACUCACCUUUGGACAAAAGCCUGACUUGGGUGGGGAAGAUGGAUUGGGGUUGUCAGAGUGUUUGGCGCUGUCCAAGCUGAGUCAAGUGCAUUUCCUCCCUCUUUCGGAACCACUUGCGCCUCAUCAAGUGGAGUACAACCGACGAGGAGAAGAGAUGAGGAGGACUUUUGCCGAGGAGCGAGAGAAUCGGAAGCGGUCCAAGAAGAGAACAAAGUAUAGUCGAGGUCAGGAUGAUGGCAGCGACAUCAAGACCACUAUGCCAGCGGGAAGAGGGCGACCCCUCAACAAACAACAGAACACCACUACCAGCCUCGCCAGCAUUGAGAAAAACGUGAUUAUUGGAGAGAACGGACUCGACCACAUGUUCAACCUCAACAUGUACCAAAAGGUGUUAUCCUAUGUUCGGCUCACGUUCGGUACUCGGACUCGAUCCGUCGCCUCGAACGGGAAGUCGUCUGGUCAUCAUGAAGGUCUAGCGUUUGUUCGGGUCCGGAGUGUAGUGGAAAGGCAGUUGACAUUCCUGGAGGCGGAAGAUAUCGAGAUGGAGGAACCUCACUCUGCUUCUCAGCAGCAGAAGCGACAAGGAGUUGCCAGUCAAGGAUGGUCGGCAGGAAUGGGUCCUAAUGGCGUUGAGGUUUCUACUAUUGCCCGACUCAAGACUCGAAAUCGACCACCACCAGUGGAAUCAGACAAAACAGACUACCACGACUCGGCUCCUCAGGACUCUUUAACAGAUCUGUCCUUCAAGCAGGAGGAUGUCAAGUAUGAGCCCCAGGACCACCUGCAGGACGAUGUCAAGUUUCAGGAGGACCAGAGGCGCGACGUCUACAAGCAAGAGGAUAUAAAUGACCUACGCCCUGUACCAAAGGCGAUACCCCUCAAUCCAUUCGCCAAGGUAGCAACCUCACCAGUAUCACGCACAUCGUCCUGGGUGUUUUCGACAAGCACGUCUCCUCGCAAGCAGGAACCAAUACCAUAUCAACAGUCUCAGGGUCCUCUUGUCAACAACAUCCCAACUCGCCGGCGUCCUGGACAGGACAUUGGCAACAACUACCAGUUUCAGCCAUUCAUAAAGCCUGCGACGGAACAAACCUCAAGCGCGAUCUUUAUUACCCAGUCAUCUCCCCAAAAGGAGAAACAACAGCAACAAGAGAAAGGGGGCCGUCCAGCAUCAAAGCCAGUGACGAUGAUCAAGACACGUGCGGAUAAAAAGCCUGUUUUGACGCCUCGGACGACGUUUUUUCCGAUGAGGAGCGGGAUUGGAGGACGUGGUAUUGGUGGCGGGUCUUCGAUGAUGCAGCAGUGGGCCAAGCAGGGACAGCAGCCGCAAGUGAGACCGUUACCUUUGCCUUCACCCACGCCGGUGAAGAGCCCUUCCAAGCGCAGUGCAGGUGCUGGCAGUCAGGACAAGAAGCCAAUUUCUUUGGCGAUAGCGGCGACGGGAACUCAGCCCUCGGUGAUCCGCGAGUUUCAAUUCAAUGACACCAAGCGCGAUACCGUUAACUUGGACAGGUGGAUUCGGAGUGGUGGUCCUGGCGUACCUGGCGGUAAAACUGACGGUGGUGCCAUUGCUUCAAAGGCUGUCAGCGCAGAAAAGAGUAACCCUUUCAAGAUCAUGAUGGCGAAGACUGUCAAGGAGCCGACCAAGAUUAUUCGAUUUGAUCCGCGCGACGAACAUUCUUGA